AUGGUCUUCGAUGUGGGCGCCGCGCUCUCCAACUUCCAAAGCGGGGUGAAGUUCUGGGCCGAGAGGGCGCUGUGGGAGAACCUCUACCAGGAGGACGCCUUGCGGGGCAUCGCAUUGGUGGCCCUGGAGCACGUAGAGGAGCUGGCAAAGGCGGACAUGGAGUUUGGGACCGAGGACUUCUUCCUUCCCUGGGCUUUGGCGGCAGGCACGGAGCUGCGUAAGGGCAGCUGGAGCCUUGCGGUGGAAUGUGCCCUGAAGAUCCAGACCAAGUUCCUUCCGAUCAUCCUACAGCGAUUCCCCCCAAUCGAUUCUCAAUCCAGGAGAGGAGAGAUGGAUCUUCCGGCUCUUGGCUGA